CGUACCCACAGGGGCGCAGCCCACGCUGGCCUGCUGCAGACCCGCCCCGUCUCAGGCCCCCGUGGGCCUGGCCUUCUGGUCCACACAGAUGACUGACGCCCCCGGGCUCCCGGGCACCCCCUUGGCGUGGACACCGCCAGCCGGGCCUGCGGGGCCGCAGAUGGAGCGUGCAGGGAACGGCUCCCAGGGCCCCGGGCCCCUCUUCCUCACCUCGCCGCUGGCCCGCGGCGUCUCAGGCGUCUUCGUGUGGGCAGCUCUGCUGCUCACCGGCCACCAGAUCUACCUGCACCUGCGCGCCUACACGGUGCCCCAGGAGCAACGGUACAUCAUCCGCCUGCUGUUCAUCGUGCCCGUCUACGCCUUCGACUCUUGGCUCAGCCUCCUCCUCCUGGGGGCCCACCAGCGCUACGUGUACUUCGACUCCGUGCGGGAUUGCUAUGAAGCCUUCGUCAUUUACAGCUUCCUGAGCCUCUGUUUCCAGUACUUGGGGGGCGAAAGCGCCAUCAUGGCUGAGAUCCGCGGAAAGCCCGUCCGGACCAGCUGCUUCCACGGCACCUGCUGCCUUCGGGGCAUGACCUACUCCAUCGGCUUUCUGCGCUUCUGCAAGCAGGCCACGCUGCAGUUCUGCGUCGUGAAGCCCGUCAUGGCCUUGGUCACCAUCGUCCUGCAGGCAUUCGGCAAAUACCACGACGGGGACUUCAACGUCCGCAGCGGCUACCUGUACGUCACCCUCGUCUACAACGCGUCGGUCAGCCUGGCGCUCUGCGCCCUGUUCCUCUUCUACUCCGCCACCAGAGAGCUGCUGCAGCCCUUCGAGCCCGUCCUCAAGUUCCUCACCAUCAAGGCCGUCAUCUUCCUCUCUUUCUGGCAGGGGCUGCUGCUGGCCAUCCUGGAGAGGUGUGGGGCCAUCCCCGAGGUCCAGGUCAUCGACGGGAGCACGGUGGGGGCCGGCACGGUGGCCGCUGGCUACCAGAACUUCAUCAUCUGCAUCGAGAUGCUCUUUGCUUCCAUCGCCCUGCGCUACGCCUUCACCUGCCAGGUGUACUCGGAGAAGACAGAGAGCUCGCCAGCCCCCUCAGCACCCAUGCAGAGCAUCUCCAGUGGCCUCAAGGAGACCAUGAGCCCGCAGGACAUCGUGCAGGAUGCCAUCCACAACUUCUCCCCCGCCUACCAGAAGUACACGCAGCAGGCCACGCAGGAGGCCCCCCGGCCCGGCCAGGGCAGGGCGCCCUCACCGCGCACGCCCCCCCACAGCCCGGAUGGCGGCCCCGGCGGGGGCAGGAAGGGCCACCACGUGGAGAAGAGGAUGCUAAUACCCGCGGAGGAGCUGUAG